AUGAGCACCCAGACCAACACAUCGGACUCGGUUCCGCCGCCACCGCCGCCGCGUCCGAUUCGCUUCGUUCACAAUCAAGGACAACCACCUUCCAAGCGGCGUCGAAUAAAUGCUGCGUGUUUGACCUGUCGGAAGCGCAAGACGAGGUGCGCCGGCGAACGACCCGUUUGCUCCACCUGCACCAAGAACGGUCACCGAUGUCUGGGAUACCCCGAGGAAAUAAAGAGAGAAGAAAUUGAGAGGCUGCCACUGGAUAGGACUGGUCACGACCACGACGAACACGAACAUCACAACUACCACGAUGAAGAAAUCAAAGUUGAGAAGGGUCCUGUGCAGGUCCAGCGCACACCCGACGCACCCACUCCCCAUGUGGCUUUGGAGGCUACAAUGUCGCUCGCAAACAUGAUGGACUCAAAGCACGACACGACAGAUACACCCAGUGCGCCCUCGCACAACAGCCAUCACCACUCGUCAGUCCCCGCGCAGAAUACGCCCUCUCCUACAGCUGUGCGCAAAUCCGAGCGACAUCGCGUCCCGUAUUUCCGAUACUUUGGUCCAACUGCUAUUGUUCCUGGAUUCAAGCAAAUGGUGGUAUCUGUGCGCGAUCGCCGGCGCUCAACGGCUGGUUCCAUGGCUGGGACGUCGCCUCUAUCAAUACAUAGCGGACCACAGGGAAGCAGCUCAGUUGUUAGUGAGGCGAUCGCCGAGGAACUGCCCACUUACGACCCGAACGACCCGGCCCCAGUUCACCCCUUGAUCAUCAGUCUCAUCAACACUUUCUUUACGCAGAUGGGUUCCAGUUACCCAUUUCUUCGACAAACCAAGUUUUUGCGCAUGGUCAAGGAAAAGCGGGUUGAGCCUAUACUCGUCGACUCGAUAUGCGCUUUAUCAGCAAGGUUCUCCGAUUCUCCGUCCCUCACUAACGGAAACGACAAGAUGCCAAGAAUGGAACGGGGCUUAGUGUUCGCGCAAAGAGCUCGACAAGCCACUGUUGAUACAUUCCCAUGUCCAACUGUUGGUGCUGUGCAAGCUUGUCUGCUGAUGGCAUACGAAGGCUUUGGAGCGGGUCAAGACAGCGCACUUUGGAUGUACCUCGGCCUGGCUAUUCGUAUGGCUGUUGACUUGGGCUUGCAAAAGGAAGUUGGCGUACAGUACCAUGGCGAAAAAGAUGCAUUAUACUCCCAGAACUGGGGGCGUCAGCCUGUUGAUGAAGACUCGGAGGCAAAGGCAGGCGAAUCAAGUCAUUUGAAUCCUCAAGAGCAAAAGGAACUCGUCCAAGAGCGAAUGGAUACAUUCUGGGCGGUCUUUGUCCUCGAUCGUGUCAUCUCAUCAGGAACGGGUCGACCUGUUACAUUUCGAGACGAUGACUUGGAACUAUCAAUCCCGGAACCUUUUAUCGACCCAGCUACGAAUUGGCCGGCGCCAUAUCCCAUUUUCCUGCAGAUUAUCCAUCUUUAUGGACGCGUCUGCGACGUCUUGAACAAAGUCCGUAAUGCGCAGGAUCUCACCAAGGACACAUGGGACAAGCUUGGUGAGAUGGAGCAUGAGUUGACAAGACUCUACAAGAACUGGGACUGGCGUUUGCAAUUUAACGUGAGCAACUUCAAGGCGUAUCUGGGAACAGGUCAAGGCACCACAUUUAUUCUUCUACACUUUUGGUUCCACGCUCUCUUCAUUAUUCUCCACCAGCCAACUCUCCUCACGCCCUUUGCUGAGCUACGCACCGAGCUUCAGCUCCUACCAGACAGUCGCGAGCUCAGUAUGAGCAGCGCAAAGACAAUUUGCGAUAUUCUGUCCUUUGCAGAUUUGAUCGACCCCAAGAGUUUCAUCGGAAACCCUUUUACUUGCCAGCCGAUUUACAUUGCUGCUUGCGCCUUCGUAAUGGAGUCGAGUGCCAAUGCGUCCAGCUCACCUUCGAGAGCCAGCUCUCCUCCUGGCGCCCAACACACUGCCCCAACGGGCAACAAAUCUCGCGACGCAAAAUCUUCAAGACAUUCCCUGCUGGCAUCGGCAGCUAAUCAGAACUAUCAAAAAUGCUUCAAUUCACUACAACAGAUUGAAAUGUACUGGGGCGGUGCUACAUAUAUUAUCACUGCUCUAGACCAAAGAGCCAAGGGAAUCUGGGAUUGUGAGACCUACACGGCAGAAGAAUACGAAAGUACGAAAGUACCUCGUAGAGGUAGCAACGGAGCAUUGAACAACCCAUUCCCCAAGUUUGAGAACAAGGCAUCGCCAAGAUUAUCCGGGCCUCCUAUAGCCUGGACCCUGGCAGGAACAGCCAAUUCACCAAACUCGAGCCUGACACUCAUGUAUCAAAAUCGGGAUUCGCCAGCUCAGACUGGAUCGCAUACGUCGCAGCCACAACGAGCACCGAGCACGCCUCCAGGCAACAUGAUCUUUGAUCCUAUCCGGCAAAGUCUACCAGAUUCGACAAACAUGCUUGCUCCCGCUUAUCCUCAACCUAACAUAUCGGCUGUGAGACAGUCGCGUCCCACUGUUCCCCGUCGAACUUCGAAUCUUUCGGCAACAAGUACCCAGACAAGACCUCACGUUCAAUUUGAUGGUGUACCCGAGGGCAGCGAGAGCCAUGACUUCUACACCGGACCUAGGUUUCCAGCCACAAGCCAACCCACUACUGGAUUUGAUGCAUAUAGCGUCUCGCCCCCAACAGCGAUAGCAGAGAACGGUGUAACUCCAGCUACUACACUCUCAGGAGCCAAUCACAUGUACUUCGGUCACGGCCAGAACAACUUCCCUUACACCAUGCCAUGGGUGAAUUCGAUGGGGAGCAUGGACGGUAUCACUUUUGACAGCCAGGAUAUCGAUAUUGCUGCUCUGGGGCUACAGCAAUCAGAUAUGAUGGGCCCUUGGUUGGAUUAUUUCCCUUCGGAUGUGCUGGGCUUGCUAGAGCAACAACAUCCGCACAUGGGUCAGGGUGGUCACUGA